UUGCAUACAUAGCCCCCCCUUUUUACUAGAGUCUAAACACCGUUUUAAAAAAGGUUGGGUAAUGUUGUACAUGGAUUUGCUUAUCUGAUAUCUGCAGGAAAGCGGUUUCAGCAUAUUUUGCAGUGGAUUAUUCAUACAAAUUGAUGAAUUAGAGGGAAAGUGACUGCCAUGACGACAGACGAGGCUGAGAGCGUGCAUAAACAACAGGUGUGCGAGCAGCAGCAGGAAGAGGAGGACCCUGCUGCUCAGGAGCCAGGCCCCACUGACACAGUUCAGGACAGCCCCUCAGGCAUUUCGCUUCCCCGUGUGAGCUCAGAGGAAGAACAGCAGCUGAAGCCUCGGCAGCGCACAUCCGCUGGCCGUGGUCUUUCCCGCCUCUUCUCCUCCUUCCUGAAGCGCCGCUCACAGUGCUCGGAGGGUGAGGGAGAGGAGACAGAGAGGACCCGGGAGAAGGAAGGCCACAACGAACCCAAAGCACCCAUUGCGGACCCUGAGCCGGAACUACGCUUAGAGGGUGAUGUUGCACUAGACCAGCACUCAAUCAGCAGUGCUGAAAACCAGCAAAUCGUAGCAGAUCAAAAGGAAGACGCAGAGCUGGAGUCAGGAAAGGGUGAAAAGGGGGAGAAGGGGGAGAAGAAGGAGAAGAAAGACAAGAAAGAGAAGGAGAAGAAAGCGAAAAAGGAGAAGGCAGAUAAAGAGAAAACGGAGAAGAAAGAGAAAAAAGAAAAGGGAGAUAAAGAGAAGACGGAGAAGGAGAAAAAAGAGAAAGCAGAGAAGAAGGAGAAGGAGAAAAAAGAGAAGAAGGAAAGAAAGGAGAAGAAAAACGAGAAAAAGGCCAAAGCAGCAGAGGUAGAGAAAGAAGAGCAAGAGACAGUAAAAGAGCAAGCAGAGGAAGAGCCCAAAGCAAAAGAAGUGGGGACAGCAGAAACUAAAGGAAAGGAGGAAGAGGAAAAAGAAGGAGAGAAAGAGGAGGAGGAGAACACGGCUGAGGAGGAGGAGAAGCAGCAGAAAGCAUCUCGCCGUCCAAGGAUCAUGCACUGCAAAGUCAAACUGCUAGAUGACACUCUCUUUGAGUGUGAGCUUGACAAACAUGCCAAAGGACAGGAACUGUUCGCGAAGGUGUGCGACCACCUAAACCUGUUGGAAAAGGACUAUUAUGGGCUGGCAAUAUGGGAAACACCGUCCAUAAAGACGUGGCUGGACUUUGCCAAGGAGAUUAGACGGCAAGUACAAGGCACCAACUAUGAUUUUACAUUUAAUGUAAAGUUCUACCCACCUGAUCCGGCUCAGCUAUCAGAGGACAUCACCAGGUACUACCUAUGUCUGCAGUUGCGGAAGGACAUCAAGAGUGGAUGUCUGCCGUGCUCUUUUGUGACUCUGGCCUUGUUGGGCUCUUACGCCCUGCAGUCUGAGCUGGGUGAGUACGACCCAGAGGUCCAUGGCACUGACUAUGCCAAGGAGCUCCAACUGAUCCCAGGUCAGACCAGAGAACUUGAGGAGAAAGUAAUGGAGCUGCACCGCACAUACAGGUCUAUGAGCCCAGCUCAGGCUGAUAUGAUGUUCCUGGAGAACGCCAAAAAACUUGCCAUGUAUGGGGUUGACCUGCAUCAGGCAAAGGACCUGGAUGGAGUUGAUAUCAUGUUGGGCGUCUGCUCCAGUGGUCUGAUGGUGUACAAAGACAAGUUGAGGAUUAAUCGUUUCCCAUGGCCAAAAGUUCUCAAAGUCUCUUACAAACGGAGCAGUUUCUUCAUCAAAAUACGCCCAUCUGACUUGGAGCAUUAUGAAAGUGCCAUUGGCUUUAAACUGCCUAACUACAAGGCUGCCAAGAAACUCUGGAAAGUUUGUGUUGAGCAUCACACAUUCUUCAGGUUGACAUCCACAGAGGCGGCCACCACUCCUAGGAAGUUUUUGGCUCUGGGAUCAAAGUUCCGUUACAGCGGGCGAACUCAGGCCCAAACCCGUCAGGCCAGCUCCAUGAUUGACAGACCCGCCCCCCGUUUCCAGCGCUCGUCCAGUAAGCGGGCAUCACGCAGCUUAGAUGGAGCCAUGGUUUCGACCCCGGAUAAGAACGCUCGUCCUGUCAGCGCUCCCAUCAUGUCUCCCAUCUCCCUGGGCGAUGCGGCUCCCUGUCCCGUGGUGCCAUCAGCAACCCGCACAGAACACAAAGAGACGUCCACACCCCCCGGCCGUUCACGGUCCACUGAGAGAAAAAGUGAUAUGAAGACAGAGACUCAUGUGACCGACAGUUCCAAAACACACAGCACCAAAGCGGAGGGCACACCUGAAGUAAAGAAGGUAGCUCGGCGAGAGCGGCGCCACCGAGAUGCCCCAGUGGUGACGGCCACCAAUGGGGAGAGAAAGAGCCAGACACUCACACGCUUCCCUCUUUCUUCUCUUCGGACAUCUGAACAGUCACCAAGGACGGGCACAGAGGUUGUGCGCAUGAGGAAGAAAAGACCUAAGAAAAUUGAGGGUGAAACUCUUUAUAUCAGACAUAGCAAUUUAAUGUUGGAGGAUGUGGAUAAGACACAGAUGGAGAUUAUGCGCCAUCAUACCAGUAUCAGUGAGCUCAAGAGGAGUUUCAUGGAGUCGGUUCCAGAACCACGGCCCAGCGAGUGGGACAAACGUUUGUCAACUAACUCACCCUUUCGCACCGCCAGCAUCAAUGGACAGAUGCAGCCUUACGUGAAGACGCCCCCUCUCUUACCCAUACACAGAGUAGUAGGGGGUAUAUCAGAGUCUUGUCCUGGAUCCCAGUCUUUUCCUCCACUUCUUUACCCCACAUCUAUAUUUCCACCCCAGUCCUCCUCCCCACAAGCAGGAAUGUCCAGUGAAGCCCCAAAAGCGACUCGCCGGCCCGCCCCACGCCCUUCCUCUGCAGAGGCCUAUUACAUCAUGUAUCAGUCCCAAACCUAAACACUCUUCAACACCACAUUACUGACAUUCUCUAACUGAAAGCCUCACGCCAUGUAAAUGUAGAAGAUAACACACUUUUUAAGCAGUUCAGUGCCUUUUAUAGAUCAUUUCCAAAAGCACAUGCAAUACAGUAUGUACAUUUAACUGAAUUAAACAUAAGAGAAUUUGAAUAAUUCUGCUUACAAUUUUAACAGUCAUGGUUGAAUCUCUUUAUUUCUGCUAAUCUCAUGUUAAUAAUCUUGAGUACCUAUAGAGUAGUAUUGCAUCCUUCAUAUCUCAGAAGAGUCUUUGGUUUUGUUAGAUUUAUAAAAGACAGAUCAGCUCUACUGCUACUUUCCUUUAAAAGCCAAGCUCCUGGAGCUGUACCGUGGGCGGAGCAAGUCACAAGCAGGCAACACAUACAAAACAUUAUAACACUAUCUCUGGAUAACUUACUAUUCACUACAUGUUCGUGUUGUUUACAUUAUAUGCACUUACGCGCCGAUUGCCAACAAAACUUUGAUGCAGUUUUACUUACCGCCUGCGACUCAUGACCUGCUUGUUUUAUCACUGGGACUACCCCAUUUUAACAAAUACAGCAUGAAACAAACACACUUGCACAACUCCGCUUCUAUCCCCGGAUAAAUAAACUAUAUCCAUUGUUCCCAUAAUGCUGGGUUAUUUAGGAAGCUGAACAAGCUUAAAUUUCUCUCAUAAACAACAACACACUUCUUUAAAGCAUCAUGAAUCCCCGCUGUUUCAGCUCCAGUCUACCUCAUUAUAAUUUUGAAAAAUGCUACUUAAAUGGGUGUGGACGCUGUGAGAAGAACGACAAUGAGUGGGCAGGGCAACUGAUAUAAGCUAAGAUUUACUAAGAAUAGCAGUAUCACAGAAAUAAAUCAACUGAAUAUAAUAUUUCAUUUAAACAAAGGUCAAGUAAAACUGGUAUAGUUGAAAUAAUAGCUUGUUUGAAGAUAAUGAAAAGUCCUCAGGACAUGGUACCUCAGAACAGAUCAAAGUCCACCUGCCUCCUGUAGCUUUCUCGAGCAAAUUCAGUUGAUGGUGAGUCUAGUCCUGACAGCAUCGCAGCAAUCUAACGUAUUUACAGAGUGUGCGUAAUAGCGCACUCACAUUUGUGACCCAUCACGGAAACCAGUGACACAAGUCGGCAGCACAACUUUCGAGAUAAUGAGAGAGUUUUUUUUCCAAAAUUGGUGAUUUUCGUUUUUUGCAGAAUCUGUUGGUUGAGAUCACGAAGAAGCCUCUAGAUGUUCGAGAUAACAGUUUUUGUAUAUUUAAAAGCGUACAUUUUGCGGUUUAAAUCAGCUUGUUUUUCCAGAGAUUCUAGCGUGCAGCGGGGGGCGUCAUUGUCUGUGGAUAAGCGGCUUUUGUUUGUUUAGUUUUCGCCCUCGCCCCCAAAGGGAACAACGUGGCUACUUAAUAGGGAUAGUUCGCCCAAAAAUGAAAAUAAUGUCAUUAAUGACUCACCCUUCUGUCGUUCUAAACACAAAAGACCUCUGUUCAUCUUCAGAGCACAGUUUAAGAUGUUUUAACGUUAGAUUUAGUCCGAGAGCUUUCUGUCCCUCCAUUAAAGACGAUAUAUCUACAGCCAAAAAUGAGUUUUAAAAUGAAAAUAAUAUUAAGCGCAUAGUUUAGGCUUGUUAAAGGUGGAAUACGUAGAAUUCGCCACUAGAUGGCGCCAAAACAGCAAUAAUAACAAAUGACGUAGAUUAAUGACGCUCUGAAGCAGCGUGGAAUUAUGGGAUUUGUAGUCUUUAACUCAACCGCUGAUGCCCAUUAAUCAGACGCGAACAAGAAAUCACGUUGACGGAUAAGGUAAUCAAGUCUUAUAAAUGUUGCUUUUGAUGACAUCUUUUUAUUUUGUUAUAAAAUGUUAUAUUUGAUGUUGAAAACGAAAUUGUUAGUCAUAGAUGUUACAGUAUGAGUCCAAAUUCGUGUGUUAACACAGCACAGAAUUAAGUUUUCAACUUACAAUCUACAAUGAUUUUUCACAUAAUGUAUUGACAGUACAAAUCUUAUUGUGAAGUGUCUUAAAAUGACCAUUUAUAUUGCUGUACAAUACCUCUUGAUGUGCAUUAAAUCAUCCGCGGGAAGACGCGCUGAUUACAGUCUACACACUAAUGUUGCGAUCGAUAUAAUAGCAUACGAUUUUUGAAGAGUUACGAAUCAAGACAACUCACCCGUCGUUUAAAACACAAGCAAGAUCAGCAUCUCUGUCUAGUUAAAUGUUGUCGUGAAGCUCUCUCCAUCCAGAUAAUGCAACAUCAAUAUUGAUCUUCAUUCUUUCUCUCGUCUUGUUCCAAACUCUUCUUGGUUCUUGGUUGGCCCGUACGCUUACGGGAGCUGUCUUUGCUGACACAACCAGCGACAGACAGACGGUAAAGAGUAAUCUUAGUCCAUAAACAAGCGCGUAGCCCGACAGGCGCUAACUCAUACUUCUGCAUUUGUCCACGACACUGUUGUCAUGUGGUUUUUACGUCAGUAAAGGUGGUAACAAAGGGCCACGUGCAUAUUGACGUCAUUGACAGGAGACUGCACUGCCCCGUGUCAAUGUUUUGAGUGGCAAUUUUCUCACGAUUUACAAGUAGUUGAAAACAUAGAUAUUGAUAGAAAUCAGUGGACAAAAUAUAUAACACUGCCCUAGUGGCUUUUAGAUAUUUUACUGCAAAUAUCUUACAAAAUGCACGUUUAAGUACAAAAGUACAGACAAACAGAAGGCAUUGCAUAUUAAUAUAGGGCUUUUUUCAUAGUAUGUAAAUUAAAAUAAUAAUUAAUGAGAAAUAAAGGAAGCAGAUCAGUAGGUUGUCACUAAAAGGACCUGUCAUACGUGUCAUGUAUUUGUUGGGAUGUGCGUGCAUUUGUGUGAAACAUGGCCAACUAUACAGCCAAGUUUAUCCUCUUUUGUUAUCGUCCAGAUUCAAGGUGGCAGUGCCACAUUUGUCUAUCUUCUUCUGUGUGUUUUGUCAUCGUCUGAUUACUGAUUCAGAUGCAUCGCCAAAUCAUCUUGUUCACCCACGCCAACCAUAUGAAUUCAAACCGACAGCUCCUGAAGUUUUUUUUAAAGUAAAGUAGUUUACUUCUAUCUAGCCCAUGAAUAACAUGACAUACUCUUCUAUCUGAUAGAGCACUUAGCAUUUCACUUAGUUGUUGCUAAGUAGUUGCUAAACCGUUUUAUAAUGUUACUUUGUCUGUGACUGCUAUAUUUACACUGCCGUAAUGUACUUGGGUUGGAUUAAAUGUCUGUCAGGUAAACAAACCGUCAACACCAAACCCUACAGGCCUCUGACACACCCUGUUUGGUGUCCUGUCUGCUCACAUCAACCACUCAUUCGCAUCUCUUGCCCUAUCAGUCAAUCUCAUCUCAUCUCUCCUCCCCCCAACCCCCCUCCACAUGUCUGUUCAUUGUUCUCUGUCUCUCUUAAUGUCCCGUUGCUCCACGCAGAGGUGGAAGCGUGCGGCAGACACGCCGAGGAGAGAACAGGUAAGGGUCAACUGGGCGUCCGUGUCGGAGGGGCAGACACUCCUGCAGUGUAUAGAGGAGGGUGAACAUGAUGUUAGUAACGAAGACAGAGUCAUUGAGGCUCGGGACCAAAUCUCAAUAGCUGUGUCCACAGAAGAUGAGUGGAGUGCCACCAGAGUCUGCCAGCUGUACCCAGUGGUUUUGCAUCACACCCGUAUCUCCAUCCUGCUGAGUGGCCUGCUGGUGGCAGCAUUGAUGUUGUGGUGGCUAGUCUUUCUUUAAGACACAGCUAAGAAGAAACAGACAUCAGGGAGACUUUUCAGACUAACCCGAGUGUGGAUUUUGAGACUAUAUGGAGGAAAAAGAAAAAGUGUGGACCUCAGUUUUCCUCUUUGAUUCUCUUGCUCAAUUGAGAGUUUAGAAUUAACAACUAUUUAUGUUUGUGUGACACAAAACUCCAGGAUACAAAUGCGCUGUAUUUCCAGAAUGGAUUCAAUAUUUUUCUUUUUUAAAUGUACAUGUUAAAUCAGCAUUUUUUGGUGUUUGUUCAGUCACAGAAAUUACGCUAACUGUCAUGUUUUAUAGUGUUUGCCUAUGGAAUUGUGAUUGGUCGUUUCUUGCAUCUCUUCAUCUCGUUUUAUUGUCUAUAGUGGCAUUUACACGACAAGAUUUUAUCACAGUACAUGUUUAUUCUUGGCAGGCAUUUGAGCAAAGCUAAUAACAAAAGCUUACUUACACUUAAAACUUACACUAUUUUGUGCCUUGCAAGCACUGGUAUUUCUUUUAGGUCAUUUUAACUUCUUAUUUUGUUGCUAUGGAGAAUUAUGGUUGCUGAUUUUCUAUGGACUUUAUAAUGUAUGGAGCAUUCCGCUGAAAUUAAUGCUUGUUUUUAAACCAUUGAAUUAAAAUGGUUUCUGUAUUACUUACUAAUAACUUUAGUCUACUGCUGCAGGAAGUCUAUAUAUUUUUAGAUAUGCCAGUCGGAUAAUGCUUUACUCACAAUUACCUUGAAUAUGAUAUUACCCUGUUUAUCCUUCAUUGGGACUGAGGUUACUGUAUUUUUGGUAUUUUUUGUUAACUAAUGUUGAUAGUAAAUUAGAUGGCACUCUAGCUUUAAAUGACUCAAAUCAGGAUCAGUGUCAUUGAUUGUUUUAAGUUUGAAUUGAAUGUACAUUAGUAUAGGAACCACCUCUGAGAGAAAACUUUGCAGAUCUAAGGACCUUAAAAGCCAUAUUAAAUAAAUGGCAAAUGACAUUGAAGAACACUGAAAUAAAACAGUCAGUUUUAUGUUGCACUUUUAGAUCACAUCUAAAUUUUCACAAUCCAUGUUUUUGUUUCUUGAAAUUUGGCAUAUUUUCCUUGUUUUGUCGGCUAUAUGAUCACUAACAAGAUACUGUACAACAUAGCAUACCAACUAUUUUCACACCCCAUGAACUUGUUUGCAUUUGUGUCAGUUUAAAUAUGGCAUAAACUCUUGACGA